AUGAUUAUGUUUUACAUUUAUGAAGUUGAUGAUGAGCAAAAGUAUGUUGAUAAUGAUGAUGAUAAUAUUUGUGAUGGUAAUGAUGAGCAAAAGUAUGUUGAUAGUAACGAUGAUUUCACUUUCGGUAGCAAAGGUAUAGAUACACGCCUUGGUACAGGCAAUGAAAAGGACAACGAACAGACCAACUUCAAUCAGAGUAACGAAUCAAAAGAGUCAAAUAAAUCAAAAACAAGAAGUGAACAUACAGUUGACGAAACGACCAUUCAUGAACAUGCAGAUAAAAAAACGGACAAUAGUCAAAUAAAGGCUGUGUUUGUCGAUAAAAAUUUGAAGGAAAGUAACUUAGGCGCCAUGUCUUCUCUGAGCGGUAAACUGAUUGAUUCAAGUCGAAGGUUUAUGCCAACUGUAUUGCAUCAUUUCAACACGAUGAGUGCGUCAAAACAACAACUUUUGAAUGAAAUUGGUGAACGGAUAAGUAAAGACAGAAAUAAGAAAAUAGGCUUUUGCUUGCUUUAUAAGGCCACUGACAAAGUGGAUGUAGAGGAGUUUCAUGAGAAAUGCGACGCUAAAGGCUCUACAGUGACUAUCUUAUAUGGCAAAUCUAAUACAUUAUUUGGCGGCUACACAUCUCAAAGCUGGAGGUCAACUAAAAAAAAGCAAAGAGUAAAGGAUGAAAACGCAUUCCUUUUUACAAAGAAUGGCAGUUUAGAUUCAAAAUGUGUCUUCUUUCCAAUUAAAAAGGAUCAGACAGAGAAUGCUAUAGUACGCGAUAAACAUUUCGGCCCUACUUUUGGUGUAGGAGUGUUUAACCGGUAUGACCUGCAGACAUUUAAAAAGGAUUCAAAGCCAGAAUCGAAGAAAAUGGGGAAUUUAAUGAAAUUGAAUGGCUCGCUAAACAUGAAGUACUCAUAUUCUGCAGAAAAACAAGACAAGACAUACAAGAAAAGUGCUGUAGAUGACGAUGGCGAGUCAAAACUAAAAGCGAGAAAUAUCAAUUCCGGAACAAUGAUAGUUAGAAAACUUGAGGUCUUCCAGGUCACAGAUGAUGAGUUCGAAGUAGACUGGCUGAGAAGAAUAGAGGGCAAUGCUUUUGAAAACAAGAAAAGAGAGCUCAUUCAAAUGGUACCACUAUCCGGUUUAGAUAUCGAUCAAUACAACGUUUUGCUAGUGGGUUCUGUUGGAGCAGGGAAAUCUUCAUUCAUUAACACAUUAUCAGCAUUGAUAACAGGGAAGACUAUACCAAUUGCUCAGUCUAGAAAUUCUUCAUCAUGUGUCACUAAUCAGAUAAAGAAAUAUGACCUCAGGUCAGCAAAUGGAGACACAAUGAAAAUCCGUUUUGUUGACAUAAGAGGGUUUGAAUGUGGAAGAGAGACUGACAAAGAGCUUGAACUUUUAAUAGAUGGACAGCUACCCGAAAACUAUCAAGUAAAGUGA